ACUUGAUCAACUGUAUGCAAAUGUUUUUAUUGCGGUAGAUUAUUUACUACAAUUUGUUAAAGUACCUAAACUAAUUGUUGAAGUGAGUGUUCGUGGAGAAGUAGCAAAAUGGUCCUCAUACUUCUGCUUUUGAUGCUUUGUGCGAAAUUCCACCAAGUUACCAUGGAAUAUAAUGAAGGAGCAGGAGCUUUGGUCAUGUUUAUUGAUCCAGUAUUCACGUGCAAUGAUGGUACUCGUAUCCGCGGACGUCAAUUUUGCGAUGGAAAUAAAGACUGCUCUCAGUAUGAAGAUGAAUACUCUUGUCCCGACCAAGGAACUACUCAAGGCAGUUUUGUAACCUACAAAUUCGACCAAUCAAAAUUGAGAGGAAAGAUCGAAUACAUGCUGGAAUUGAAAACAGCAUCCACAGAUGGUAUCAUUUUCUAUGUAACCGAACCGACGCACAAAGACUACGUCACCUUAUACCUCAAUGAAUCCAAAUUACACUUCUCGUUCGUCUGUGGCUCGAUUUCUGCUUCUGUAACAUCCGAAGCGUUGGUAAAUGAAGGAGAAUGGCACACUAUUGAGUUCACCAUCGAUCAAAAUUUAGGUUUAUUGAAGGUCGACCAACAAACUCAAACUAUCCGCAUCGGUUGCUCAUCGUUCAACAUCGCAGCUCCUUAUUAUCUCGGUGGAGUUGAUGUUCCCACCAUGAACACCAGCGUUAUGACACAUUUGCAAGGAUUCAAUCGAACUUUCGUCGGAUGCUUGAAGAAGUUCACGGCUAACAGAGUCGAAUACGAGAAACCUACUUCGUUGAUUGGAGUUGUACCUUGUUCGAGUCAAGUCGUAGCUGGUACCUUUUUCCCGGCGACUGGGGGGUAUUUGAAAGCUUUUGACCAAUUCAAAGUUGGCAAAGACUUCGAGAUCAACUUGGAAAUAAAACCACGUAACAUUAGCGGCGUUCUAUUGGGCGUACACGGGAAAAAAUUCUUCUUAGUUUUGCAAAUGAUCAACGGAGCCGUGAAAUUUACGGCGGACAGCGGUAAUGGACCAUAUUACACCAUUUUCAAACCUCAGACCUCGGAUUACUUCUGCGACGACCGUUGGCAUUUGAUUAAAGCUGUGAAAUCCAAAGCUUUGGUAAUCCUGUCAGUGGAUGGAACCGGAGCCGAAUACGGUACUGAGCCUAAUGGUAUCAAAUUAACCAAUACCAAUAAUCCAUUGUACGUCGGUGGAUAUCCUCCAGAUUUAUCUAACGCUAGAGGCAUCGAAACAAACAUCCAGUAUGUCGGAUGCAUGAGGAAUCUGCAGAUAAACGGACAAAAUUACAACUUUUCUUCAUUUACGACGUUCGGAAGCGUUAUGCAUAAUGCAAUUUGCCCUACUUAGGCGUAUUUUAGAAAAGUAUAGUCCGAAGGUUUGUAUUUAUUUAUUUAUUUAUUUAUUUAUUUAUUUAUUUAUUUAUUUAUGAUGUAUAAAAAUGUUGUACGUAGGUAUAGUUUUAUGGACAUACUGUGUAUAUUUUUUUUGAAUUAUUUUACACCUAAUUUUUUGUGUGUUCAAUUAUUUUCACCAGUGUAGA